UUGUACCUCAUAAAAACAGAAGAAAUGUCGUCGAAGUGUUCUUCAUGACUAGCUAGCUAGCUAGCUAGAUGGUAUUCUCUUUUCAUUCCAAAAAAACAUGACCAGCAACAGAAACCUAAAAUUUUGCAUUUCUUUGUUUCACCUCCAUAAAUAUGAUGCUACUUAUUUUCCUAGUCUACCAUAGCUUCUCUCUCUCUCUCUCUCUCGCUCUAACAUUCUGCAUAAAGAUCACUACACUCGAGUCUCAAGCUACGACUCCAUGGCAAGUAUUACUUCAAUAUCAAUGACUCCAAGUUCUGUAACCCACCGUUCUCGCCAAAGUUUUCUCCUAGAAUAUAAACCCAGUUCAUUAAUAAUAUCAACUCAUUUCAAACCAAAGGGUUUUGAAUAUUGGAGAAAUAACAGGAAUUUGAAUUCAUGUUCGGUCGUGGAGAAGAGAGCAGAGGAUUCUAUUGAGGUCAAAGAUGAUGACAAAGUACCGGAUCUAGAUGAUGUCAAAGCGGUUUCACGUGUGGAGGAGAGAUUAGCAACAAAGAGAUCAGAGAGAUAUACUUACCUUGUUGCUGCUGUCUUGUCUAGUGUUGGUAUCACUUCAAUGGCUGCCAUGGCUGUGUAUUACAGAUUCUUAUGGCAAAUGGAGGGUGGAGAGGUUCCAUUGCUGGAAAUCUUCGGUACAUUUGCUCUGUCCGUGGGAGCUGUGGUUGGAAUGGAGUUUUGGGCAAGGUGGGCUCAUAGGGCGUUGUGGCAUGCUUCGCUGUGGCAUAUGCACGAGUCUCAUCAUAGACCAAGGAACGGUCCCUUCGAACUCAACGACGUUUUCGCAGUAAUAAAUGCCGUUCCAGCGAUUGCACUCUUUUCCUAUGGUUUCUUCAACAAAGGCCUUCUUCCUGGACUCUGUUUCGGUGCGGGUCUUGGAAUUACAGUGUUUGGGAUGGCCUACAUGUUUGUACACGACGGUCUUGUCCACCGUAGAUUCCCAGUAGGGCCCGUUGCAAACGUUCCUUACCUCAGGAGAGUGGCUGCAGCUCACCAACUUCACCACGCAGACAAAUUCGAUGGGGUUCCUUAUGGGCUGUUUUUGGGACCUUAUGAACUAGAAGAGGUAGGAGGCUUAGACGAGUUGGAGAAGGAGGUUCAACGAAGGAUUAAAGCAUCAAGAUAGAAAUACUUUUCCUUAAUUAUCUCUCCAUUUACAUUAAAGGAGGCAAAGGCCAAAGUCAGAAACUCGUUAGAAGAGAGAAAAAUUCUAUCUUCUUCUUCUUCUUUCCUCUUUUUGUUUAUUUUUCUUUUUCCCCUUUUUUCCCUUUGUAUAUGUAUUCCCAGAGAAGAGGAAAAAAAAAGUAAUUGAACCA